AUGUCCCACUCACAUAACCACUCGGUCAACUCGAUCAACUCGAUCAUCGAGCCCACCACCCCUCCCAAAUCAGCCCUCUGGGACUCCUCCAACCGCUUGAACCACCAGUUGAACUUGCCCAACUUCAACAUCGAGGGCCCAGCCCUCGCAGGACCCCCACCCAUGGCUGCUGGACACGGCUCCAAGCCUGAGCCGGCCACUUCCGCUCCCGUGGCUGCUGCUGCUGCUACUGCUACCGCCACUCGAUCUCGCUCCCGCCCUCGUCAAACGUCGCGCUCCUCUUCCCAGGACCCUUCAGACAAGGAGAACCAGUUCCCCAAAGAGCUGGCUUCCGCUAGUGGCAGAUCGGCGUCCGCCUCCUCGCUGAUAUCCGGUGGCUCCAAGACCAAAAUCGACAAGGAGUAUCUUGCCUCUAUCAAUAAGGUCCCCCUUGCCCAACUCAAAGGGGAGAUCCUCAAGCUCUCAAAGGACCAAUAUGGAUGCCGGUUUCUCCAAAAGAAGAUCGAUGAAAACUUAGUCUCAAACUACCUGGCCAGACUCUCCAACUUUGAGAUCAUUUUCAAGCAAAUCCAUCCCUACCUUUAUGAGCUCAUCAUCGACCCCUUUGGCAACUACCUUAUCCAAAAGUUGAUCAACUACUGCAGUGAAGAAAACUUGAACUUAAUAUUAGAAAUCCUUCAAUUUAAUCUCUUUCAAAUCUCCAUCAACCAACACGGUACAAGAGCUCUCCAAAAGAUCAUCGACAACCUCAAUAACCAGUACCAACUUAAUCUCUUGAUCAAGGGAUUGAAGCCUUAUAUUAUCGAGCUUAUCAAGGACUUGAAUGGUAACCAUGUAAUCCAGAAGAUACUCAACAAAUACCAGCCAAAGGAUUGUCAGUUCAUUUAUGACUCGAUCAUUGAGGAUCUUUAUAUUGUCGCCACCCACAAGCAUGGUUGCUGUGUUCUACAAAAGUGCUUGAACCAUGUGACUUUGCCUCAACUUGAAGAAUUCUCUAAAUGCAUUCUCAACUUCAAGAACUUUCAGUUACUCAUCAAUGAUCAAUUUGGUAAUUAUGUCUUACAGUACUUGAUUUCGAUCAACUCAUUAGAUAUAAACUACAAGAUUUUUGAGAACUUUGUCAAGUAUGGUAUCAACAACUUGUGCAAUUUGAAAUUCUCAAGUAACGUGAUUGAAAAGUUCCUUAAAAACUGUUAUAACAAUGAAGUUUGCAAUAUCAGAUUUUCAGACUUGAAAUUCGAAUUGAUCUACAACAUUUUGACCAGUGAGUUGAAUAAGUUGAUCAAUGACCCUUAUGGAAAUUAUGUUAUUCAAACUUUGGUGGACAUUUUGGUACACCCUCAAGUUAGUUACUUAGAGGACAAUGAACCUGGAAUGCCUUCUACUUUGCUCGCUCCAAAAUUGUCUCUUUUGUUACCACCAAAUUAUCCAGAAGUACAUUCUGAAAGCCUUCAAAUUGUUAUUAUCAAGUAUUGGUUCCAAAACUGUAAGAUUAUCUCCAGUUUUGGAAAGCGAAUCCAAUCAAAGAUCAACAUAAUCUUGAAC